GGCUGUGAUCCAAAAUUCUUGCGAAUGCGAUGCCGGCUCGAAAUUUCUAGCAGGGGUUGUUUCUACUGUCCUCCGAGUCUGCCUCCAUCUACUAGUAGAUACAUGCGCUGAGUAGUUGCGCUUGUCUGAGAUGUUGAGCAUACACUUACAAUGACAUUCCUGGACCGAGAAGGAUGAUGAACCCUACUUUUUCUUCGCUCGUAGCGAAGCGUCUGGCGCCGGGCUGGACAUGCGCCCGGUGUCGCAGCCAACUUCCCAAACCGAGCCUCGUCCGGACGCCACUUUCAAGGCAAUAUGGCAGCAGAGCGGCACCUGCGUUCGCUGUACCGAAGCCUCAGUCUCGACGGCGGGUAGCUGUGCUCCUAGCCACGGCCGGAGGCGGCGCGGCUGCGAUGCUGCUGUCGGUCGGAGACGAUGUAAAGAAUAGCUACGAGGCAAUGGAGCGGACGGGGAGGGUGGCGGCGACUCUUGUUCUAUGUAUCAAUGACUACAGGACCACACUUAACCAGCGAGAGAAACUAGAAGACGAAAAGGAGAGGGAUCAUGUGCUGAAGGCCUGCCACAAGCGAUGCGCUGUCAGGACGUUAAAGGUGCUUGAGAAGAACGGGGGGAUCUUCAUAAAGCUUGGGCAACAUUUGAGCGCUAUGAAUUACCUCCUCCCAGCCGAAUGGACGACUACCUUCAUACCCCUUCAGGACAAAUGCCCAGUGUCGUCCUUCGAGUCGAUUGAGCAGAUGUUCAAGAAGGACACAGGCGAAGAGCUGUGGAACUACUUCUCCGAUUUCUCGCCUGAGCCUAUCGGCGCCGCCUCGUUAGCGCAAGUCCACUUAGCAACAAUCAAGGAGACGGGACAGAGGGUGGCCGUCAAGGUCCAACAUCCGCACCUGGAACAAUGGUCUAAGUUGGAUCUGUCCCUCACCAAGUUCACCUUUUCCACCCUCAAGCGCUUCUUCCCCGAAUACAACCUCGAGUGGCUGUCGUCCGAGAUCGAGGUGUCUCUCCCCAUCGAGCUAGAUUUCCAGUGCGAGGCGGAGAAUUCGAGACGCACCAAGGAGUACUUCGCACGGAUUCCCGAACUGCCGCUCGUGAUCCCGGACGUGAUCUGGGCCCAGAAGCGCAUCCUCGUCAUGGCCUGCGAGACAGGCCGUCGGCUGGACGACCUCGGGUAUCUCGACUCGAACGGGAUUGACCGCGACGAGGUGUCAGCAACACUGGCCAGGAUAUUCAACGAGAUGAUCUUUGGCGACGGGGCGCCGCUACACUGCGACCCGCACGGCGGGAACAUUGCGAUCCGCAAGAACGCCUCUCGACGGAGAGGAGCCAACUUCGACAUCAUCUUGUACGACCACGGCUUGUACCGGGACAUCCCGCAAUCACUACGGCGGUCGUACGCCAAGAUGUGGCUAGCCAUCAUUGACGGCGACAUGGAGCGGAUGAAGAAGUACGUGACGGAGGUCGCCGGCGUGGGCGAGGACAAGUUCCCGCUGUUUGCGUCGGCCAUCACGGGGCGGGACUUCAGCAUCGUCAGCUCGUCCAUCAUGAAGCCCAAGGACCCGAGCGAGCAGAAAACGAUGAGCGGCGCGCUGCAGGAGGGCCUGCUCGUGGACCUGGUGCAGAUGCUGGGCCAGGUGCCGCGCAUCAUCCUGCUCAUCCUCAAGACCAACGACCUCACGCGCAGCCUGGACGAGAACCUGCAGACGCGGCAGGGGCCGGUGCGGCAGUUCCUCAUCCUGGCGCGGUACUGCAUGCGGACCGUGUUCCGCGAGCAGCUCGAGGAGAUACGCCAGCGCGGGUCGCUGUAUUGGCCGCCCAACGCUCUGCGGGUGUUUGCGGCAUGGCUGGGGCUGCUGAGGGUGGAAAUCAAACUGGAGGCGUUCGAACUGUGGAUUGGCAUCAAGCGCGCGUUUGGGUCACGGCAUCAUCAGCAUACGAUAGACUUGGGCGCCAUGGCAUAGAGAGAUACCUCGGUCGGGUUGAUGUAUCGUGGGGGUACUAUAGUACUUAUUCCAGAUGUUCCUAUUUCUAAUGAACAGGUUUGUAAUGGAGGUUGCCUGGCCGUGUUGAUGUGCGAUAUUUGGGCGAUCAGGAGAG